AUGGUUACGGUGGCAGAGAAGAGCACUUCCAAUAUGCGUAACAGUGGGUUGAAUGUGGAGAAUCGGAGGAGAAUCUUGGGUGAAAAUAAUGAUAUUAAAGGAAUGCGGAUGGAUAGUGGCUCCAGUUUGUCUCAUAGAAUGAACCAAUUUGUUAUUCCAGUAAAAACUGGACUUGAUCUAACAAAAUACCAAAUUGUUAUGAUCAUUGACAGUCCAACACAUAGUACUCGCGAUCAUAAUCAUCCAAAUGAAUUUGGCCCCGGAGAUGAUUUUAUGAUUGAGGUCAGUCAAACUAGCAAGCAUAAUCGAGAUGUUGAUGAUGAAGCCAUGGAUGAGAUAGCUGCUUUAGGAUCUACAGUCCCAAGUAGCCUUUGA